ACCGCAGGCCUACUGCCAUAACACAUGCAGUUGGAGCACGCACUGAGAAAAUUCGGGCUUUGACGUUGACCGGAUGGUUAAAUCCAACCUCCAGACGAUCCUGAAUAGCCACUGUUUUGUCAGAGAAAAAGAGAGUAAAAUAUCCAAGAUGCCACUGAUCGAAAUGACCCGUAAUAAACCCGAGAAUGAAAGUUCCCAUCGCUGCAGUAACCUGUGUCCGGGGCCUCUGUGGUGUUCCGAUGUCCCUCUCCCACCCCUGAAGAUCCCAGGUGGGCGAGGGAAUGAUCAGCGGGAUCACAGUCUUUCAGCUAAGCUUCUCUAUUCUGAUGCUCAGUUACUGGUUCUUGAGGAAGCUCCUCAGCUGAACAGCCGUGUACGUUUUUUGCUAUUUGAGCGUCGCUGCUCUGUGAGCAAACUCUUAGCCUGGAGGGGGGCACUGAAAGGGGCGAACCUUUACAUCGAAAUCCCCCCUGGUGUCCUCCCAGAAGGGAGCAAAGACAGUUUUUCACUUUUGCUGGAAUUUGCAGAGGAGAAACUACAGGUUGAUCACAUUUUCAUCUGCUUCCAUAAGAGCCGAGAUGACCGAGCUUCGUUGCUGAGGACGUUCAGUUUCAUGGGCUUUGAGAUUGUGAGACCAGGUCACCCCCUCGUCCCAACCCGCCCCGACGCUUUCUUCAUGGCUUACAGCAUCGAAAGAGACUCCGAAAAUGAUGAUUAAAGAUUACCAAUCACAUCAUUGCUUCUGAUAUUUAAGCUGUAUCUCACCCAACAUUGUCACCAUUAGAGUAUGAAUGUGUCAAAUUGACUUUGCUGUUAAUUUCUACGUUGUAGUUCUUGUAGGGGUUGUGCUGUAUUUUGAGUCCUAUUUGCACUAGUGUAAACCAAAUUUUCACAGUGACCGUUACUUGCAAACCAUUACCACUGGCGUUUAUCUCCAAAAGCAAUUGGUUUCUUUGUUUAUUCCCCCUCUGCCAUUCCCACAAAGUGAUCAUUUUUAAAGACCACCCCCCAGGCAACAAAGUAUAUAGAAUUAUGGUUUUCAUUGCUGGUAUGUUGAUUUUCUGUUUCCUUCUGUUUUCAAGUUGUUUGUUUCUUAAUGUGUGCAUGAAUCUUGAAGUAUUUUUUUAAUUACUACUUCAAUAGAAUCUAUCUGCAUGUGUGCAGAAUAAAAAAUGCUCACCUUA